AUGGGAAACCCGCUCAAAGCUGCCGUCGAUCAUGCUCGAGGGCAAUCCGGUGCUUCCCUAGACUCACAAGCUUCGCUUGCCGACGACACUCACCUAAUCCGUCCCACACGCACGCUGUCGCGCAUCUCCACUAGCGAUAAUAUCGUAUACAAAGUAUACAAGCGGCGUUUCUUUGGCCUGGCCCAACUGGUUCUGUUGAACAUCGUUGCCUCUUGGGGCUGGAUCUCCUUUGCCCCAAUCUCCGAUACCGCAUCCCAGUAUUUUAAUACCUCCGAGUCCAAUAUCAACUGGAUCUCGACCGCAUAUUUGUUUGCUUUUGUGCCAGCUUCUGCCGUCAGCUCUUAUACUUUGCAUCGAUAUGGGUGCAAGGCCUCCAUCAUGGUCGCAGCUGGCCUUCUGCUCGUGGGAAGUUGGAUAAAAUAUGGCGCCACCCGUGCCAACAGCUUCCCCGGCGUCAUGGUUGGUCAACUCCUGCUCGGCUUUGCCCAGCCCUUCGUUCUGGCUUCGCCUACCUCCUACAGCAACAUAUGGUUCAGUCCUCAAGGACGAACCACUGCAACUGCCGUAGCCUCGCUAGCCAACCCAUUUGGUGCAGCUCUUGGUCAGUUGAUAUCACCAUUCUGGGCAGACAAACCUUCAGACGUCCCAAAUAUGGUCCUAUACGUCUCCAUCAUCUCUUCCAUCGCAUGUGUUCCCGCUUUCUUUAUACCAUCACGACCUCCGAGCCCGCCAUCGGCCGGCUCGCUCCCCAACGAAAACGUCCACGGGCUGAACACCAUGCGUAAGGAACUGAAAAUACUCCUUCGCUCUCCAGAAUUUUUCAUUAUUUUCCUGGCGUACUCCAUCUACGUUGGCCUCUUCAAUGCCUUCAGUAGCCUGAUCAAUCAACUCCUCGAGCCUUACGGGUUUAGCGAAGACAAUGCGGGUAUCGCCGGAGCAGUGCUGAUCGUUGUCGGACUCGUCUUCGCAGCCAUUUCCUCACCCAUCAUCGACAAGUAUAAAUUUUAUCUCGCCUAUAUCAAAUCUGCAGUGCCAGUCAUAGCGAUCUCCUACCUAAUUUUCAUCUGGGCACCAGCCACCCGGUCGUUGGCAUACGUGUUUGUAGUGUGCGCCUUGUUGGGUGCAGCAAGUUUCGGACUCGUCCCUGUGGUACUGGAGUUCUUGGUCGAGAUCCACUAUCCUCUGGGGCCAGAACUAGCCAGCACCCUAUGUUGGUGCGGCGGACAGCUCCUUGGCGGCAUUUUCAUCGUCAUCAUGGACGCUCUCAAGGAUGGCGACGCGGCAGAUCCUCCUCAGAAUAUGCACCGAGCAUUGAUCUUCCAAGCCGUAUUUGCAUUGAUCGCCGUUCCCGGGGUUUUAGCUCUAGGCCUGUUCGGCCGCCACGCUAAUGUCAGACGGCGUAGAUGGGAAGCCGAUCAAAUAAGCGACGGUGGCGUCAGUCAGAUCGUCGAGUCCGUCGAAGAGCGGGAACAGGAUGUCCCUGUGGGCGGCGAGCCCUCGCGCAGGUCAUGA